ACACAGCUCACGUGACGUGACGUCAAACAGGAAGUCAAACAGCUGUCCGCGCUGUCUGACAGGCUUCUGUCAGUGGCUGGGAACACAAAUGGCUAAAGCUAGCCCCAAAAAAACAGAACAUGUUAACUCUGUUAGCCUUGUUGCUUUUGUGUAUUUGCACGCCGGGUCGCUGCAUUUUCCAGGAAUUAUACUGCACCAUCGCCGACAGUUGCAACUGCGACUUUAGACCCAACGUCAGAGAGUUGGAGUGGGACUUGUACAAGAAUGUCUACGGGCAGCACCUGGCCCAGGAGAUCCUCUCCGAGGAGGUGGCACGUUUCCUGGCCGAGCAGGCGCCCGAGAGACCGCUGGUGCUGUCCCUGCACGGCUCGUCGGGCACGGGCAAGACGAUGGCGGCCGGCAUGCUGGCGCGCCACCUGUACGGCUCGGCUAUGAGCAGCCCCUUCAUCCACCAGUUCAUCACCACGCUGCACUUCCCCGCCGGCAGACACGUGGAUGCCCAGCAGGAGCAGCUGAAGUCGUGGGUGCAAGGCAACGUCACCGCGUGUGGCCGCUCCGUCUUCAUCUUCGAUGAGAUGGACAAAAUGGCGCCCGGGCUGCUGGACGUUCUGGAGCCGUUCCUGGGCGCCUCCCACGUGGUCUUUGGUACCAACUACCGCAAGGCCAUCUACGUCCUCAUCAGUACGGCGGGCGAGGAGGUGAUCAACAAGGCGGCUCUGGAGCAACGCGAGGCUGGGCGGGACCGAGAAGAGAUGACAGCGGCCGAGUUGCAAGACGCCAUCGCUCAAGCCGUCUACAACAACCCAACCAGUGGCCUGUACAAGUCGUCCAUCAUCCGUCAAAAGCUGGUGACCGCUUUUGUGCCCUUCCUGCCGUUGUGCCGCCUCCACGUGGAACGAUGUGCGAGGGCGCAGCUGUGCCAGCGCGGCGCCUGCGAGCGCCAAGACGUGGCGAGGGCCGUGGCGGCCGACAUGACGUACAAGCCGUCGCCGGGACACUACUUUUCCACCAGCGGCUGCAAAACUGUACCCGCCAAGAUCGACCUGCUCUUGUGAUCGCCAAGUAGGUACUGCACUGGUUUCAAACCUCAACUACUAAAAAGGAAAAGACGACAUUUUUAUUGCUAGUUGUGAGAAAAUGUCAGGACACAGGAAGUCCAAGAUGUUUCCACAUGGACACAAGGACCUUUUUAAAAAGACAAUGUACAAUUUUGACAGUUGUACUGCAUUCCUCAUCUAAUGGCCACCCUAUAUGGAGACGAGAGGAUGGAAAUAUUAGGAACAGCUCAAAAGAAAAGUAAAUACUAUAAAACACUCAUACCCGCUUAUUUAUAUUCAUUUCACUUGAAAAACAGGGGUAGGGGUGUCUUUUAUUCAGGCGGGGCUGAGCAGGUUGACGCUCUUAAAAUGCUUAAAAACAUUUUAAUAUCGGCCGUAAGAUGGCGCUGUUUGAACGAGACAACAUUCAACUAAGAAAUGUGUACAAAGUCAGGGGAGAUGCACGUGUGUGUGUGUUGGGGGGUUGUUUUAGUUGUGCAGGUCUUCUUCUUCUUCCAGGUUGUCUUUUCCCACUUGUGUCGUAGAUGUGUACAUGUAGUGUUGUCAUGUAGCUGUGGAUUGUGGUUUUGUGUGCUCCACCCCCAUUUCAUUCUUGUGGCUUAGCUUCUUUCAUGUGCAAAUUUGCCACCGAUGCUUGUCAUGGUGGGGGUCACAAGGGAGGUCUGAAAGGACUACUGGAUAAGAAAAGAAACUGCCAAGCCUUUGUGUGUUGACACUUUUGGAAAAUACACCCCCCCCCCCCCAAGACAAUUACACUGGGCAACAUGAAAUUGGGUAGACAUGUCUAUCAUGAGUUUAGCCCUCGAAAAAGUUUGAAAACGUGCUUGAAAAGACAACAGGGAGUCUGCCAUCUUAGGUUGCCGCCGCCAUUUUAAACUCCAUUCUUUAAAGGCAGACUGUGCAACUACAGAUUAUUGAAAAUUUCACCCCCAAAAUAAGUUUUACUUGUCAACCAACCAUACAUCUUUGUAGCUAUGUCUCUUAUCAGGUAGACCCGCAAAGAAAGGAGCCAGCCAUACCCUAAAAGACACAGAAAGUUUGAAGCAAGAAUGCAAGUUUGGUCAUUUGCACAGGCAAAGUCACCCAUUUUGGUUGGAAGUCACCAUUUUAUCUUACCUCUGGGAAUCUGGUAGGUAUGUUCAUCUCAAGAAAAUGGCCCAAAACACAAGUUCAGACUUUUUUGCAUGGUCAUCAGAUGGGUGGUUAAGGACAAAGGCCUACUGGCAUAACCCAUAUUUAAUUGAUGAGCUGUUCAGUUCCCACUGCACUGCGCUAAUAAAUAUGCUAAGAAUGUUAGCCCACA